CCGACACGCCCAGUAUAAGACCGGGUAACUUUUAAACUGAAGGCAUUUCUAGCCAGGCAAACACCCAGACUUCAAAACAGCUGACUAGUUCUACAUCCCGAGAACCGAGACUGUGACCAUAUCGACUAACGAAGGUAAUGAUGGCCCACAAGCUGGCGAUGUUCCUGGGCCUGUCCGCCGUCCUGGUGGUGCUGAUGGUGCACCCGGCAGACUCCGUCUGUUGCCCUCAUGUAAGGUGCGCCGGCGGGAUGUGGCUGAAACGAUGUUUCUGUGCCGAUAACACAAUGAUCUCUGAGGGAAGGCCCUUCUGCGGAAAGGGGCCUUGCGACAGUAAAGGAUGUAACUGCGAGAGGGGUUGCAGGCAAAGUAAGAGGGGUGUGGCUGAGGAUGCCCUCGGCCUUCUGGAGCUGCUGCGCGGGGAACAGGAGGACACUGGCCCGAAGGAGAGCGCCCUGGCCGGCCGCGGGUUCGGCGACCACGACACGGACCAGGACAUGAAGCUGUCUAAGCAGGAGGCGCUGGAGAUGCUGGAGAUGCUGAAGCAGAUGGAGGACGUGGACAUCGACAACCUGCCCGCUGAUUGGUUCACCUCCAUGGACACCAACGGCAACGGGUUCAUUGACCCUAAGGAGUAUGACGAGGACGAGGCCAAAACCCUGCAGUAAGAGCGGAGCCCCCCGGAAUGACGAUGGUCCCACCACAUCCUGGCCUUCCAGCCGGGACUGCAGACCAGCCGCAUAGAGUUUAGCUGCUUUUGCCUCAUUUAACCAUGACGAGGCUCGUGAAGGGGAUAUCAGAGAUCAACAUUCAGGGUGUCUUCCCUGUGGUGAAAGAUGAAAACCAACAUCCUCGUAUCUUUUCAAGGAUUGUUCUCUGAUACCCCACUCACAGCCUGUACCAUAGAUAACAGGGUUCCUACAUCAACUAUAUCUAAAAUUUCACGUCUUUAGAUGGUAAAACUUUAACCUGAUUAAAUUGCAAGUGUUUCCUUUUUAUUUAGUCAUUACAACUUCUUUAAAUUAUACCAACGGAAAAGUUUUUAAUACCCCACCGUUUGCUAUAACCGAAGGAACCCAGAGAUCAGCUCUUGCCGCUCUAUGUAACCAAGUUUUAUGGCAAUAAAACAUACAUGAUGAGAAA